UGUAUGAGCACAGGAAGAGUCAUGUCUGUGUGUGCCAUGCCUCAGAUACAGGGACACGGCUGUCAGGAGUUUCACGCUUUUCACGCUCCUUCUGUCCACAUUGGCUGUGGCACCCGAUCAAAUGCGAACUUUCUGACAGUUCAUCUCCUCCAUCCCUCUCUGCUGUCGCAAAGCCUGUUCAGAGCUGACAGGCCCUGGCUCGCUCGCUGAGAUGAAUCAGCAGCAAACCCAAAGAAGGCACUAUUUGGCAGCGUCCUCAAGGCCAGAACGUGUCAGACCGUGCCUUUGUUUGGGUUUGGCCUUUUCUUUCCCUUCGUGUUCUUUUUCUCCAGAUGAAGAGUUUUGGGGCAUUCUGGGUUCUGGCUGAACAUCCCCUUGUUUGUUUCUCCCUUUUCUGCCUUUUUUAAAUAGAUGAAAAAAGUUCAGAUAAAAAAGGCAUCAGAUACCGUUUUGCUCAGCCUCCCUGAUCGUUUCCCAGAAAAGGAGUUUGGCUCUGAACAAAUCUGUAAGUGCACCGCUGUGCGUCUGUGGACGCGCAUCGAUGCCCACAGCCCAUUGGUGACAGGCAGUUUUUGCUGGAACUGGCUCCACAUCGAGGCUGAUAAGGGCCGUCUGUUGAAUUUGGUCCUAGACUUAAAGGGCUUCAUCUGUUUGCUUGUCCUUUCCUUCAGGGGUUAUCUGCUAACGGAGUCCCUCAGAUCCUAGCCCGUGCUUGGGGAACAACUUCAUUCCAAUCCAUUGAUGAAGCAGGAAGUUGAAGAAAAAAAAAACAGCACGGGCGAGCUGAACCAGGAAGUGAGUGCAGCUAGGCAGCAAAGUGAAAGUAGCUCUGGGGAGAGUAGCUGUGCAGAGGCUCAGAGAGACUCCUCUGCCUGCUUCCCCCCAUUCCUCUGACUCUGUCCAAGCCCCCGCGGAGAAAGGAAGCACAGCGCUGGCAGCAGAGACAGAGAUAGAGCAGCGGCGCACACAGAAUUGGAGAUUUAGAGAGAGCCUCUGGCAUCUCCCACACAACUUGGGAUGAACAGCGCAGGGGGUGCUGUGGGGGGGGGGCAGGAAGAGGAGGAGCUUCCACUGAGUGAUGGGACAUGUGACGCCUGUGAGCCAGACGAGGCCCAGCCUGCUGCAGAGGUCUGCCGCGCCUGCGGUUUUGCCUUCUGCCCUGUCCAUGCCGACAAGCACCGCCGCAGCACCCGGCACACACUUGAACCACACAGCCAAGGGGAGAGCGCCGCCUUCAGGCCGCUGACAGAUGGACAACCAGGGCCAGGGCCACAGGGAGGGGAAAGGGAGAAGGGAGCAGCAGAGAGGGGCAGCGACAAGUGUGGGGGCGCGGAGGGGGCGGAGGAUGAGGAGGUGGGCCUCGCUGUCCUGGAGAGUGGGAAGAGCAGGGACACUGUGACGGUGGAGCGGCUGCGCUGUAAGGAGCAUGGCCAGGAGGGGUCACUCUACUGCAAGAAUGAUGAAAAGAUCAUCUGCGUGGUGUGCGCUGUGCAGGGUGAGCACAGCACCCAUGAGAUCAUCACCCUGCGGGAGGCCUACCUAUGGCAGAAGAGCAAAGGGGGGAUUGACCUGCUUGGCUCAACCCAAGAGAUGGCAGAGAGGAUCAAGUCCAAGUGGACCAGCCCAGGUAUGAGCACAGACCAGCUGGAGGCCUACGUGAAUGAGCAGUUUGACGAGCUGCACCGUCUGGUGCGCUUGGAGGAGCGCCGCACACUGCACCUGGUGGACCUGAAGGAGGCCUUCUUGACGGCACAGGCCGCAGAGAAGAUUGCCGAGAUCACUGUACACACCGAGCGGCUGCAGGAGGAGAUGGAUUCCAUCACCCAGCAGCUGGGGGCACUAGACCAAGGCGAGGAGGCUGGCCCCAGCCCGGGACCUGCGGACCCUGAAGCCAGGCCAAGACCAGAACCCAGGCAGGACCCACCUAGGGACUACGGGGACAGUGGGGCUGGGUCAUUUAUGGGACAUGCUCCUUGAUAACAAGCCACCACCCCUUGACAGCAUCCUGCCACCCACCCUUCCCUACCUCAUACCCAUUUGGGAGAUGACUAACA